AUGGCUGGAGAUCCAUACGUCAUCCCCGACGGCAUGUUCGACGACGUCAGCAACGCGCAGAGCUGGAAUCUCAUCGUGUCUUGUAUGUGCGAAGGACUCAAGAUCCCAGAUCUCACCACUCGCCAUGGGCUCAAGAAAAUUCACGCUCGAUUCAAUGACUAUCACAAGCGCCUAGACUCUGCCUACUCAUCGGCGCGGAGGUGCAGCAAUGAGAAAGUCAUGGGCGGCGUUGUCGGAAUUAUGGCGAAAAUGUGCGCCGAUGCCAUCCUCCGGGACAAGCUCUUCCAGAAAGGCCUACUGAGGAAAGUUAUGCCGUUGCUAGCAUUCGACUCGACGCGUCAUGUAGCUCUUCAAGCUCUUGCGAUGGUGACCCACCACGGAGGACUCCAGGCGCGACAGGACAUCGCCCGUCAGAACAGCAGCCUUAUCAAGCUCCUGUACGACUACCCCGAUGACCCGAAAGUCGCCGAGCUCGUUAUCAUGACCGUUACUCAUGCCACAGAGGCAGUAGUGUCAUGCGAAGAGACUCCGGACCCAAGGCUCGUCAAAGAAACCUCUAUUCGCGCGGUGCUCGAGGCUACAGUCGCCGCUCUUCGCAAACCCAUCUCUUCAUACACCCUACUCACCCAUGCCCUCGGAUUGCUCGUCGCCCCCACGCAGCACUGCCCAGCGGAGUGCAAGGCCGUCCCCGCGAUGCUCCGCCUCCUGGCAGCGUUCACCCGGAGCAGCAGCAUUGAGACGCGCGCGGACGCAUUCAGCGGGAUCCUCCGCAUCCCGAUCAACGAGAGCGAGUUCGAGCAGACGCAGUUCGACCCGCGGCGCUUCGUGGAGAUCUACCAGCGCGGCACGCCCCCGCACCUCUCCGACAUCCUCAUGGACUACGGCCCGGAGAAGGCGGAGGUCGCGCUCACGCUCAGCUGCACGGUGGAGUACCAGAAGGCGAUCAUGCAGGCCGUGCAGGACCGCGACAUGUACGCGCUCGGGAAGAAGCUCGCGAGCAUCAUCCAGCGCACCGAGUUCGCGAUCGCCGAGGGCGGGUGGCAGUUGGACGGCCCGGACGGGGAGAUGGCCAACGAGGCCAACAUGCCCGGGGUGCCCUUCACCCGCUGGACGGACUCGCUCCCGCUCAGCGCGAAGGCCCUGCGCGCGAAGGGCACGCCCGCCGACCUCGACGCCGCCGACAUCGUCGAGAUGAAGUUCUUCAUGAUCCGCGGCCGGCUCCCCGAGGCGAUCGCGCUCGGCCACAAAGCCCUCGCGCGGAACCGCGGCCUGGCGUACGCGUACUACAUCGUCAGCAUGGGCGCGGAGAUCGAGCCGGGGCUGCGCGCGGUCAAGAAGGGGCUCAAGUGCAAGAACAUCACGGACUUCGUGCGCAACCAGAUGCUGUGGCGCGCGGUGAACCACGCGGCCCAGCAGGGCAUGGUCGUCCUGCGCGAGGCGAAAGAGGGGACGGCGCAGGCGCGCGCGGAGGGGACGGCGUUCUUGAUGUCGGCCUGGGAGGACGCGAAGACGUACAUCUCGGAGGCACCUCCGGAUGGGCGGCAUAUGCUUGCCGUCCUGACUUGGUACGUUAUGUUGACGAUCGUGGUGCGCGGUCCAGAGCUGAGCGAAGACCUACGCGAAUUGGACCCCGCCCGGCGGAAGAUGGCAACGGCGGUGCAGUUCAUGGAGUACAUGGGCUACCCGGUCGCGCGAACCCAGCUGAACCUCGCACGGGAGAUUCUUCUCCGCCACUACACCGACGGCGCGAAAGAAUGGGGCGCACUCGUGCGGCGAUACGACGAACUUGAAGCCCGCGCGCAAGCGAGCGUCUCUUGCUGUACCGAGGGUGACGACGACCUGGCGGAGUGGUUGGAGAAGAUCGACAUGGACGACCCCGAUGACGAGAACAGUAUCUACAUGCGUGAGCACGGGGGCGCCCACGCCCACAGGCACGGCGUACCUAAGGCGAAGAGCGAGAUGACGAGCUACGAGCUGUACCGGUGCUCGUGGUGCGGGAAUCCCAGUGCGGUAUUGCGGAAGUGCGCGGGCUGUGGGAAGACGAAGUACUGUGACUCCGGCUGCCAAAAGUCGCAUUGGACGGAGCACAAGGCCGACUGCAAGGGGCGGUCUUGA